AUGAAGACGUUCAGACUCUCCAACGCCAGCGAUCUGGCUAGAGAGACCAAAUCGCGUUCCACAAUAACCAGACACGACCUGGAUGCCAAGAAUACUGCAAUGCUGUGCAAUACAUCAGGCUAUUAUGUUGCGGCCACUGUGGCGUACGAAAAGACCAACACGAAAGCCCGCAAGAGCAAAACUGCAAAGCAAAACUGCAAAGCAAAGACACGCUGCGCCAACUUCUUUGGACCUUUUCCAGCAGGCCACUAG